UCUCUGCGUCGCCUUGCAUUUAACGUCCUCACACCGCCGGAUUUCUACUUUCGCCGCAAGAUUCGACGGAGCCGAUUCCAAAUGCUCGGUAAAACUGGUUUUUGUUUGCAGGUUUUCUGAAAAGAAGCCGGAAUCGGAACUUAUGGCUACGGGAUUGGAACUGGACGAUUCUGCUCAAAUGACGAGUAGCCGGCGGAGCGGAAGGCUGGAGGAGGAGGAAGAGCUCCGGUGGGCGGCCAUCGAGCGGCUUCCGACGUACGAUCGGCUGCGGAAGGGAAUGCUCCUACAAGCUGUGGAGAAUGGCGGAGUAGUUCACAAGGAAGUGGACGUGACGAAGCUCGGAUUUCAGGAGAGGAAAGAGUUGAUGGAAAGAUUGUUGAAGGUUGCUGAAGAAGAUCACGAGAAAUUUCUGCGACGGCUCAGAGACAGAACCGAUCGAGUGGGGAUUGAAAUUCCGAAAAUUGAAGUUCGUUUCGAGAAUUUGUCAGUUGAAGGAGAGGUUUAUGUCGGGAGCAGAGCGCAGCCCACUUUGCUCAACGUCGCCCUCAAUACUUUUCAGAGUUUGCUUGGGUUGAUUGGGUUGACUCCAUCCAAGAAGAAAAAGAUACAGAUACUUAAAGAUGUUAAUGGAAUUAUCAAACCUUCAAGGAUGACAUUACUUCUUGGUCAUCCAAGCUCUGGGAAAACUACCUUGCUGUUGGCACUUGCUGGGAAACUUGAUAAAAAUUUGAGGGAAAGUGGGAAAGUGACAUAUUGUGGACAUGAAAUGCACGAGUUUGUGCCUCAAAAAACCUGUGUUUAUAUUAGUCAACAUGACCUUCUCUGUGGGGAAAUGACAGUGAGAGAGACAUUGGACUUCUCUAGUCGUUGUCUGGGAGUUGGUACAGGAUAUCAACUUUUGACUGAGCUCACCAGAAAAGAGAAAGAAGCAAACAUUAAGCCAGACCUUGAGAUUGAUUCUUUCAUGAAGGCCAUCUCUAUUUCUGGCCAAAAAACAAGUUUAGUUACAGAUUACAUUCUGAAGAUACUUGGAUUGGAAAUUUGUGGUGAUACUUUGGUUGGUGAUGAAAUGAGAAGAGGAAUCUCUGGUGGCCAGAAAAGACGUGUUACUACAGGGGAGAUGCUGGUUGGCCCAGCAAAGCUAUUGCUUAUGGAUGAGAUAUCAACAGGAUUGGACAGUUCCACCACGUUUCAAAUCUGCAAAUUCAUGAGGCAAAUGGUUCAUAUAAUGGACCUAACAAUGGUCAUUUGUCUACUACAACCAGCUCCUGAAACUUAUGAUCUUUUUGACGAUAUUAUUCUACUUUCAGACGGCCAAAUCGUGUACCAAGGUCCGAGAGAAAAAGUCCUUGAAUUCUUUGAAUUUAUGGGCUUCAAAUGCCCAGAAAGGAAAGGAGUUGGUUUCUUACAAGAAGUGACAUCAAAAAAGGAUCAAGAACAAUAUUGGCACAAAAAGAACCACCCGUAUAGAUUAAUUUCAGUUCCUGAUUUUUUACAGGGAUUCAACUAUUUUUCCAUUGGUCAACAACUUGCCUCUGAUAUUGCAGUACCUUAUGAUAAAUCUAGAACCCACCCAGCUGCAUUAGUCAAAGAAAAAUAUGGUUUGUCUAACUGGGAGCUCUUCAAGGCAUGUUUUUCAAGAGAGAUGUUGCUAAUGAAGCGAAAUGCUUUUGUCUAUGUGUUCAAGACUGUCCAGAUUACAAUAAUGUCCAUCAUUGGUAUGACUGUAUUUUUGAGGACUGAAAUGAAAGUGGGCAAUGUGGUUGAUGGAAGCAAGUUCUUUGGAGCUUUGUUUUUCAGCCUCAUGAAUGUCAUGUUUAAUGGAAUGGCAGAAAUGGGUCUCACUCUAUUCAGGCUUCCAGUCUUCUUCAAGCAAAGGGAUUUCUUGUUCUAUCCGACUUGGGCAUUCAGUUUACCCAUUUGGCUCCUCAGAAUUCCUCUCUCUCUAGCAGAAUCUUGGAUAUGGGUUAUUCUUACUUAUUACACAAUUGGGUUUGCUCCUCCUCCCAGUAGAUUCUUUAAGCAGUUUUUGGCGCUCUUUGCCACACAUCAAACUGGUCUAUCCCUAUUUCGACUUCUAGCUGCAAUUGGAAGAACACUAGUUAUUGCAACUACUUUGGGUACCUUUUCUCUAUCGUUAAUUUUUUUGCUUGGAGGUUUCAUUAUUGACAAAGAUAACAUUGAGUCAUGGAUGAUCUGGGGCUUUUAUGGUUCUCCCAUGACGUAUGGACAGAAUGCCAUUGUCAUUAAUGAAUUUCUAGACAAAAGAUGGAGCAAGAAAAUUACAGACCCUAGAAUUAAUGAACCUACAAUCGGAAAAGUGCUCAUUUCUAGUAGGGGCUUCUUUAAGGAAGAAUAUUGGUACUGGAUCUGCAUUGCAGCACUUUUCGGCUUUAAUCUUCUCUUCAACGUUCUAUUUACAAUAGCUCUAACUUACCUGAAUUCAUUGACUGAUUCAAGGACUGUAAUUAUCAUGGAUGAAGACGAGAAGAAAAUAAAAAACAAUAGGUCCAUUGCACAACAUAAAUUAGCAGGCAUCGAUGGUGGAGUCACCGAAUCUUCAGAAAUAGUAGCUGAUUCAGACCCUAUGCAAAAGAGAGGAAUGGUUUUGCCUUUCCAGCCCCUUUCACUUACAUUCAACCACGUCAACUAUUAUGUUAAUAUGCCUACUGAAAUUAAGAUGCAUGGGGUUGAGGAAGAUCGUCUUCAACUUCUACGAGAUGUUAGUGGAGCUUUUAAACCAGGUAUAUUAACAGCACUUGUUGGUGUUAGUGGUGCUGGGAAAACUACUCUUAUGGAUGUUUUAGCCGGGAGAAAGACAAGUGGUUAUAUUGAAGGAAGUAUAUACAUCUCUGGUUAUCCAAAGAAGCAAUCGACUUUCGCUCGAGUAAGUGGUUAUUGUGAACAAAAUGACAUUCAUUCGCCUUAUGUCACUGUCUACGAGUCUCUUUUGUUUUCUGCUUGGCUUCGCCUUCCCUCCAAUGUGGAUAUCAAAACAAGAAAGAUGUUUGUAGAAGAAGUUAUGGAAUUAAUAGAACUCGAUACAAUAAGAGAUGCUAUAGUGGGGCUUCCUAGAGUAGAUGGUCUUUCAACAGAACAAAGAAAGAGGUUAAAUAUAGCAGUGGAGUUGGUUGCUAAUCCGUCUAUCAUCUUCAUGGAUGAACCAACUUCUGGUCUUGAUGCUAGAUCUGCUGCCAUUGUUAUGCGUACCAUGAGAAAUAUGGUUGAUACUGGAAGAACUGUUGUAUGCACAAUUCACCAGCCAAGCAUAGACAUUUUUGAAGCUUUUGAUGAGUUACUCCUCAUGGAACGUGGUGGACAAAUGAUUUAUGCUGGACCUCUUGGUCAGCGAUCUUGUAAACUUAUCGAGUAUCUUGAAGCUAUUCCAGGGAUUCCAAAGAUUGAAGAUGGCCAAAAUCCUGCUACAUGGAUGCUUGAGGUUACUGCUCCUCCAUUGGAAGCACAACUGGAUAUCAAUUUUGCCGAUAUUUUUUCUAAAUCUUCACUUUAUCAGAGAAACCAAGAACUUAUAGUGGAACUUAGUACUCCAGGUAAAGGCUCCAAGGACCUACAGUUCCCAACUGAAUACUCGCAAUCAAUGAUUUUUCAGUGUAAAGCUUGUUUUUGGAAACAACAUCGUUCUUCCUGGCAACACGUUCAAUACAACAUCAUACGAUUUUUCAUUACCAUAGUUAUCGGUACCUUCUUUGGUCUAAUUUUCUGGAACAAGGGACAAAAAUUAGCCAAGGAACAAGAUGUGUUGAAUAUUAUGGGAGCCAUAUAUGCUGCUGUCCUCUUCCUUGGAACUUUCAAUGCUUCAUCGGUGCAAGCAGUGGUUGGUGUUGAAACAGCAGUUUUCUGUCGAGAAAGAGUUGCAGGGAUGUAUUCUACAUUGCCUUAUGCAUUUGCUCAGGCGACAAUUGAGACAAUCUAUGUUUCAGUUCAAGCUUUAAUUUACUGUCUCCUUCUUUAUAGCAUGAUUGGAUUUGAGUGGAAAGUGGGAAAGUUUCUGCUGUUCUACUACUUGUUUCUAAUGUGCUUCAUAUACUUCACAUUGUAUGGGAUGAUGGUCGUAGCACUGACUCCAGACCAUCAUAUUGCAGCCAUCGUUGUAUUAUUCUUCAUUAGCCUCUGGAACUUGUUCGCGGGUUUUCUUAUUCCUCGACCGCUAAUUCCCAUCUGGUGGAGAUGGUAUUAUUGGGCUUCUCCUAUGGCUUGGACAAUAUAUGGCAUUGUCACUUCUCAAAUUGGGGACAAAGAUGUUGACAUUGAGAUACCAGGAUCAGGAAAUGUAGGAUUAAAGAUGUUUCUUAAGGAACGGUUCGGGUACGAUCACGACUUCAUCCCGAUCGUUGUCGCAGCACACGUCGUCUGGGCUUUGAUCUUCUUCUUUGUGUUCGCCUGUGGAAUCAAAUUCUUUAACUUCCAGAGGAGAUAGGCAUCUUACCUUCAGCAGUUGUGUAAUGUUUGUUACUCAUUAGCUAUUCUUGUAACAUAGAAAUCAAUUGUUUAGCCAAUAAAAGGUUGAAAAUGUGACUAAAA